AUCAUAUACAUUUCAAAAUACUCUUAUCAAAUUCUCUCGUCCUAAUUCCUUGUCAACAAACAACAACAAUAUCAAAAUCAAUUAACUCUUUUUUGAAAAAUCAUAAAUCAUAAAUCGUAAAUCUAGGGUUUCAAUUUCAAUAUUAAUUCCCAAAUCGCUCUUCUCCUAAUCCUUGAACAAGUUUUUCCAAAUUUCCCUCGCUUUCUCCCUCUCUCUUCUCCUCGAGAGAGAGAAUAGAGAACAGGGAAUUGCAAUCCUCUAUUUUUCUCUCUAAACCUUUCCUCCAUUAAAAUGUUACUAGAUUUUUCACUUAAAUCGUUGUGACAAUUCAAAUUAUUAUUUUUCAGGAGUUCGAUUAACGUCGACGAUAUAGGAAAUUGCUGAUUUGGCACAUUAGAGGUGUUUAGCGUUUUGAUUGAUUUUACAUUUAGGUUUUUGCGAGGAGAAAUUUGGCUGAAUUUCCAAAUUGAGUUUAUGCAUUCAGAAUUUGGUUAGAUUCUGAUAUAUGGACAAGGAUAUUUUGUCUUUCCCUUCCAAGAGCCUUGAACAAUGCUGUGAUUGUGGAUGUAGUUGUUCUCUCACAGUGAACGCUUCGUCAAAUGGGGCUUGGAUACGUUCUGUUAAGAGGAAAUAUGAUGAAUUUGGGAAAAGUGGUCGUUACUAUAUCCCCGGCCUUGAAAUAUUUCCUGUUGCACGUGUUAGGAUUGAAAAUGAGUGUAAAUUGUUGCGAGAGACAGUCGGCAGCCAACAGGCAACUAUUCAGGAGUUAUGUUUGGAAUUGGAAGAGGAGAGAAAUGCUGCUUCCUCAGCUGCUAAUGAGACCAUGUCCAUGAUUUUGAGGUUGCAGAAUGAGAAGGCAGAGGUAUUAAUGGAAGCUCGGCAGUUUAAACGUUUUGCUGAGGAGAAAAUGUCACAUGAUGCUCAAGAGAUUUCUGCUUUGGAAGAGGUGCUAUAUAAAAAAGAACAGUCCAUUCAGUCCCUAACAUUUGAAAUUCAAGCUUAUAAGCACAGGAUGAUGAGCUAUGGCUUGUCGGAAUCUGAGGCCAAGGGAAUCAAGGGGAGUUAUAGUCGAAACCCAAGUUUCUCCAGUGACUUGGACUCUUCCAUGUGUGCUUAUCCUCAACUAAGGUGUGAUAUGUAUGAAUCUCAAGAGCAAUUAGAACUUGACGAUGAUGUGGACUUUGAAAAGUAUCCAUUCGGCGAGAUUCCAGGAGGUCAAGAUCUGAAGAGUUUGGAAUACAGAAUCAACCAAAUGGAAGGAACUCCUCGUGGUGAUCAGAUGAAUGCGGACUUCGGCUCUAGAAAUGUUUUAGAGAAGGUUGUCAUUGGUCAGUCUCCAAGACGGUCGAGACAGUCGAGGAGGUUUUCCACUGAUAACCCUACUUCACUAUUGGGUUUUGCUAGAGAUAUGGGACCAGAUCAUACAAUGGAUUCUCCUAGGUUUGGUACUAGUUUCAAAAGGAUGGAUUGUGUAGCUGAGGAAUUGAGAAAAACAGAUGGUGCAUCUGAUUUUGAAGAUGACAUGUGUGAUAGAGUUUAUACUAUUGAUUCUAUUCAUCAUGGGGCACCUUAUAAUAACUGUAUGGAUCCCAAAGCUGCUGCAAAGUUUGGUGAUGACUAUUUAUCUUCACCAAAAUCAAUUGACCGUGGAGACUUGGGAGAUCCUGAUGUAAAGAAGCUUUCCAUGAGACUUCAGGCUCUUGAGGCUGAUAGAGAAUCAAUGAGGCAGACAAUUAUGUCAAUGCAGACCGAUAAAGCACAAUUUAUGUUACUUAGAGAAAUUGCUCAGCAUUUGUGCAGAGAUAUGGCACCUGCAAGUUGCAUGCCUGUUCAGAAGCCAUAUAUUUCUAGGAGCUUUUCCAUCAUGGCAGUGUUUAAGGUCGUGUUUAACGUUUUCCCUGUUUUUCAGUGGAUUCUAUCCGUUUUUUGGAGAAAGAGAGCACGUCAAAGCAAGUAUAUGUUUGAACAAACAGCUGAUAAUAUGGGUCUGCGAAUGUUGUUGGAUAAAAGUCCGCGCUCCAAACCCUGGAGAUGUGUCUCGAAAACACAAGUUAAGAAAGCCGAGAUAACAAACUAGUUGCUAGUUUUCAUUACAGCUGCUUUUCCGAGCUUGUGUUUAGAUAAAUAUUUGUUUCUGGGUUUAUGGAAAUAUAUUUUGUGCAUUGUUAUUCAUGAUUCAUUUUCUUCUUCUUAUGCCCCUUCAGAAGUUUGGGGUAUCAUUAUGUGAAGUUGGUUCAUCAAUUUGUGAGAAGUAUAUAGAAAGUGUGCAGCUUGAAUAGUAUCUUUUUGAGGGAAGUGUUUUUACAAAAUACACGUCAUGUAUAGUCGAGAUUUUUGUAUGACUACGUUGAAUCACUGCUCAUUUUUUACGAUCAGAGUAAAGAAUGAAAUAAUAUAACACUCUUUUUUUUUGCA